CCGACAUGCUCCGCUCCGCUCCUCUCCUCUCCUCCCAUCGGUCCGUCCCAGCCGGCCUUGCUCGUUAGUUAGUCCGGCAGCCGUUGCGAUAAAGAAGCUCGUUUCUCUCUGAGACUAUCAAAGGCUCACCUUCAUUCCGCCUGGUACUCCGUUUGGAAUCUUGAGGAGAACUGAGACGUAUUUCGCGAGACAAAACUUCUUCCGCCGUUCUAAUUCUCCAUACGCUUCCAGCUAGUUGAUAGAAAUCGCAUCGCUGUAACUACGAACGAUAGUGCCAGUCACUACGAGUUUUCAUUUACUUCCAAAGUGCCUUUCUGAUAAAAUUAGCGGAUUGUUGUGGAUUUCGACGAACGUCUAGCGGUACUCUCUCAAAAGAAAUAGCAAAGGUUUUCCUUCCGUCUCUCGCGCUCUUAUUUUCACCGAGGCUGACUCUGGAGUCGCAUUUCACCUGAACACCUACAGCGGCAGAGGCACUUAACUCGACAUGGGGAGGCAUGAUGCGGCUCGAGAAUAUGGCGGACGCGGCCAGCGGGUCCUAGCUGCUCUCGCCGUCUUGGCAGUGUCAUUAUUAUCAGGCGUCGCAGCAGCAGCGCCAGGCGAAAGCAAGGGGCUUUAUCUCGUUCAUAUGACCUCCGCGCCGCCGGUCGUCGCAUACGGGGGUGGGAUCGCGGGACUCUCGGCGACAGCGGCGGUGGCGGAGGAUGACGCGCCUUCCCCCGGCCGCACCCCCCAGGGGAGCGCGGGGGGAAUGGGGGGGCGCAAGGGGCGAAGUACGCGGCUGUUGCGCCCGCGCGCGGACGACCCGCACGUGCGCGCGUACGCGCAGCACCUGACGUCGAUGCAGGAGCAGACGCUCACCUCCGUCGGUGUCGCGGCGAGCAGUAUGGUGUACAGCUACGGUUUUGCCGCCAACUCCUUCUGCGCGGAGCUUACCCGCUCUCAGGCGCAGCAGCUGCGCGCGCAGCCCGGGGUGGGGCGCGUGGCGCGCGGGCGCAAGGUGCGCGCAUUCACGACGUACUCCCCGAAAUUCCUCAAGCUCGGCGCCGCCAAGGGCGCGUGGGAGGCGAACGGGGGGAAGAUGAACGCGGGGGAGGGCGUGGUGGUCGGAAUAAUUGACUCAGGAAUCUGGCCUGAGCACCCGUCGUUCGCGAAUCAGGGCUACGGGGCCCCGCCCAAGCACUGGAAGGGGGCAUGCCCGGGAUUGAAGAAAUGCAACGGCAAGGUGGUCGGCGCGCGCUACUUCCUCUCGGCGUACGAGCGCGAGUACGGAAAGCUGGAGCGCGGCGAGUACCGAUCUGCACGCGAUGCUGGGGGGCACGGCACCUGGUGCGCUGGAGCUGCAGUCGGCAACAGCGGGGUGGUGCUGACAGAGCAGGACGGCACGCCCAUCGGGUCGGCCAGUGGCAUGGCGCCACGUGGCAGGGUGGCGGUGUACAAGGCGCUGUGGUACAACGCAUCGGAGGGGUACGGCCACGACUGCGACAUCUUUGCAGCCGUUGAUCAGGCUGUGGCGGACGGCGUGGAUGUGCUCUCCAUGAGCAUCGGAUCGGGCGAAGACACCUACUUUGGGGAUCUUCCCUUGCUGCGUGCUGCAGAGGCGGGCGUCUUUGUGACCCUAGCGGCGGGCAAUGCGGGGCUACCAGGCAUGGGCGGCACGUACCGCAGCAUCAGCAACACGUCGCCCUUCUACCUCACCGUCGCCGCCAGCACCACGGACCACGACGCCGCGCUGCUGCUCCGAGCCCGCUCGGCCGCUACAACCGCCGCUACAGCCGCGGCUUACGGAGCAACAGAUGGUUCUGAAAAUAACUCAUCCUACACAGCACGCGCCACGUCAUCAGGAUCCAAUCGCGGAUUAAUCUCCCAUAGCUAUCGACCCUUCCAAGCUGUCUACGAAGCGCCUGUCAUCGCGCCGUUCUCCUCCGCGGGACCUCCGCUGAACCCCUCCCGACCGCUUCCCGCCACGCUGCAAGUCACUAACGACAUCCUUAAACCGGAUGUUACUGCGCCAGGAGUGGACUUAGUAGCUGCUGCUCCUGGCGGCACGGCUCGAGACGCGUGGUACAACAUGAAGAGCGGCACGUCAAUGUCGACUCCCCACUUAGCGGGAAUCGCGGCGUUGCUGAUUCAGAAAUACCCCAGCUGGCGACCCGCGGCUAUAAAAUCGGCGAUCAUGACGACGGCCUAUCGCAUGAACAAUCGCGGAGGCGCCUUGCGAACGUUUAUGGGGUCGCCGGCGACUCCGUGGUUUUUCGGAUCUGGGCACGUGAACACUUCGGCGAUGCUUGAUCCUGGGCUGGUUUACGACGUCGGGCAGGGGGCUUACGCGAAUUUUCUGGCGGGUGUGAACCUGCCCGCUGCGAAAAAGGCGUUUCCAACGAGACGGCUUUCGCCAAUCAAGCCAUGGGAUCUGAACCAGCCCAACAUCUGCGUUUCGCGGCUGACGAACACCGUCACAGUUACCCGGUCGGUCACCAGUGUUACAGGAAAGCCAAGGACGUAUCAAGUGCAGGUGUCGAACCCUGCGAACGUGGACGUCCAGGUUACACCGUCGCAGUUCACGAUAUUGCCUAAACAAACGGUAACAUUCAAGGUGAAGCUGACUCCUAAAAAGAGCACAAGACAGUUUUCAUUUGGGCAACUAGUGUGGUCAGAUGGGAGGCAUAGAGUUAAAUCUAUCUUAGCAGUGCAACCCAUGGCUGCAUUGUGAGUAGUAGUUUUGCUAGAUUCUGUCACCACCUCAUCCUGUUUGAUUGACUGCACCACCCUCACAUUACAAUAU